AUGGGAAAGGAUCCUUCUGCCGUCGUUUUGGCAACGGCACUUGCAUUUUGUGUCUUUUGUCCUUUCUUUGCCAGGUGCGAUGAGAUCGAGCUUGAUAUCAAAAAAGGCAUAGAAAGUUUGUCGAAAAUCCUGGUGAAAUAUCAAGCCGAGUUCGACAGGAAGGUGAAUUUUGCGGAGCUGCAGGAUGCCAUCGAUGAGAUUGAUAAAGCCAUGCGGGGAUACGAGGGCAGCGCCAAGGACAAGCUGCCUCAGAUUCGUCCUUUGAACUCCCGCCCUUUGAACUACAAAAACUGUGUGGGCCCAGUCUUCGAGUGGUGCAUUUCCUCCACCGUCCCCUUUAAUAUCUUCAUCGAUAAAAUUGGCGACAGCAACUUGUCGGAAAUGGAUAGGAAUAUAAUCAGGAACAUGACCGUGUCUGCUGUGGAAUUGGGACUCACAGAAAACGGAAAAUCUUUGGAAUGUCUCAACCAUUUCCAAAUCAGAAUGGCAGAGCUCGAUAAUGCGUUUCAAAAUUUUUCGAUCUAUGUCCACAACGAUCUCGGUCCAGGGGGCUUCUAUGGCGAAGUAAAGGUGGAACUGCAGAAGAGGAUCAACGGUUCUAUUCUGGACUUAUCAAAAACCAUUUCCACGCUUGGUAUCACCGAAUUAUUAAAAUGGAACCAAACGAUGCAAACCUACAAGGAGCAAAUGGAGUUUAUUGAGCAUUUAUUCACGGGCCUGACGCAAAAGAUUGGGAAAGCCACCGAAAUAGUGAAAGAUAUGGAGAGGUACCUGGAGGAGGACAAAACCAAUCUUUUCAAACUCCGAGGACAUAUUGCAGGUGCCGAUAUUGAAAAAAACAUAUUGUUGUCUGAUAUUGCUCUUCUGCGCGUCCGAUUUAUUCCGGCUAUCAAACAUCUAACGGAUAUCUGCGCCGAGUACGUAAACUGGCACGGAUUCGAUGCUCCCUUUUAUAAGAAGAUCAGUUCCAGAACUCGUCGUUCAGCCUCCACAUUCUACGAAAGCGAACCAUCGCCCUAUUAA